CACCAAAUUGAAGAAGGAAUUUUCGAGGAAGAAGAGGAAGAAAAGAAACACGAAGAAGAAGAGGAAGAAGAGGAAGAAGAGAAACACGAAGAAGAGGAAGUUUGGGCAACCCUUGUUGCCGAUGACGCUUACGAAAUUUCCCAACCCUACCCAUACCAAAUCCGCAACAAGGAGACAGGCAAGGUUCUUACCCCAGUCCUCAACAACUUGGGACACUUGAACCUUAACCUUCGGAAUCGCGGUUCAAUCUCCAUGGGCAAGCUUGUCGCAAUUCAAUGGGUUCCAAAUCCAGACAAGAAGACGAGGGUCAGACACAUUGACGGUGACAAGCUCAACAACCGUAAGGAGAACCUCGAGUGGUUCUAA